UUAAUCCAUGUUCCGGCUUGCUAAGGUGCGUGAGAGGAAGGCCCGAGAUCUGGAUCACGUGAGAUGCGUGAAGGACAGCAAUGGUAGUGUGCUAGUUGAGACUGCCAAGGUGGCUAAGCGCUGGGGGGAGUACUUUAGUGAACUCUUAAAUGCGGGAGGAGACCAGAGGCUAGUUCUUGAUGAGUUGGGGCAGUCCGGGGCGUCUCGUGUGUAUUGCCGGCGCAUUUGCCAGGAAGAGGUGGUUCGGGCUCUCCGCGGGAUGCGUAGUGGGAGAGCUCUAGGGCCAGAUCAGAUUCUGGUGGAGUUUUGGAAGCAUGCGGGUCAUGGUGCGAGGGUUUGGUUAACUAAACUCUUCAAUGUUAUCCUCCGGACAGCAAGGAUGCCUGAUGAGUGGAGGGAGAGUCUCUUGGUCCCUCUGUUAAGGCAAAGGAGACAUUUAGAGCUGCGAGAAUUACAGAGAUCAACUACAGAGGCCAUUCAUCUCGUGAGGAGGUUAAUGGAAGAGUAUAGGGCUAGGAAGAAGGACCUCCAUAUGGUUUUUAUUGACCUUGAGAAGGCGUACAAUAGGGUGCCAAAGGGAGGGAUGGGGUUGCACCAGGGGUCUACCCUUAGCCCUUUUUUGUUCGCCUUGGUGAUGGACGUCCUGACUCAAGAUGUUCAAGAAGGGGUCCCAUGGUGCAUGCUUUUUGCGGAUGAUAUUGUGCUUAUCGACGACACGCGUGAGGGACUAAACGAUAAGUUGGAACUAUGGCGCCUUGCCCUUGAGACUAAAAGAUUCAGAAUUAGUAGGAACAAGACUGAAUACAUGGAAUGUCGUUCCAGCGGCCGGGAAACAGAAUCAGAAGUGGAAGUUAGGAUUGACUCUCACCUAGUACCUAAGGUAGACAGGUUCCGAUAUCUUGGCUCGGUAAUCCAGGCUGAUGGGGAGUUAGAUGGGGAUGUUGGACAUCGUGUUGGAGUGGCUUGGGCUAAAUGGCGGUUAGCUUCAGGGGUGUUGUGCGAUCCGAAGAUUUCGCCCAGGAUGAAAGGUAAGUUCUAUCGAUCCGUAGUCAGACCUGCUAUGUUAUAUGGGGCAGAGUGUUGGGCGGUUAAGAAGACUCAUGUGCGUCGUCUGCAUGCGGUGGAGAUGCGGAUGUUACGAUGGAUGUGUGGGAAGACAAGGUGCGAUAGGAUUUCGAACGAAGUUAUCCGACGUUAGGUGGGCAUGGCACCGGUGGAAGAUAAGUUGCGGGAAGCGAGGUUGAGAUGGUUUGGUCAUGUGAGACGGCAGGAUGCUGACGCCCCUGUACGGAGAUGCGAGAGAAUUACGGUUAUCGGGGAAAGUAGGGGAAGGGGUAGACCUAAGAAGAAUUGGAGGGAGGUGAUUAGGCAGGAUUUAGGAACCCUCACCCUGACGGAGGAUAUGGCCUUAGAUAGGAACCUUUGGAGAACUAGGAUUAAAGUAGCUGGAUAGGA